UUGCUAGUACCACUGAAAAUGCGAAAGAUGACCACAUUGCUACGCAAUUGCAACAAAAGUAUAAUGAGGAGAAUAAUGAUUAUAUUCUUGCUAUGAAUAAUUUUUCAUUUGAAGAAAUCCCAGAAGGAUUUUCAAGCAAACCUACAGAUAAAAAUAUUGCAUUUGCUGAUAAUAAUAGCCAUUUUCAAGAGAAUCAAUUCGUGCCGCAGCAAUUUCCACAACAAAAGUAUACAACAAAUAAAAUAAAUUUAUCUGGUCGAAUUCCGGGUGUCUUCAAAAUUCUUUUAUUAGGUGGAACUGGGACUGGAAAGUCUACCAUAAUCAACAUAAUGACAAACUAUUUUUUAGGUGGUACUCCCACGAAAUAUUAUAAAGUUACUGAAAAUG